CCGUCCACAUCCAUCCAAGAUAAGUUUUUGUUUUUUGUCAUGGAAUAGCCCACGAAGGCUUCACACACACAUACGCGCGCGCACCUAACAACAACACAUUUGAAACUCGCCAUUACAAAACGUGAAACGGGAGCACCACAAACAACAGCAGCUAAGGCGCAACUCUGGCGAUAUUAUUAUCCACCCAUCGGCGGCGACAUCGACAUCGAAACCGACCCUCAAGUAACAAAAAAAAACCGCGCACAGAGCGACGAUUUCUUCAUUGCGUUCGCCUUUUUCAUAAAACAAGGCGCGCGUGUCCGUCGCCAACGCCGUUGCCGUUGUCGUCGUCAUCGUGGCAAUAGCAUACAAAUAUACAAACUUACAUACAUAAAUAAAUACAUAUAGACCCCGUCGAAAUCUGCCGCCCACCGCCCAACAGGCCCCUACCUAGUCGUGAUCGUUGCGCGACGCUCGGCUUCGCUUUGCGCUCUCGUCGGCGAUUCGGGCCGCGUUCGUGCUGCCAUUGCCGUUGCCGAACCAACAAACGUUCAGGGACAACGACUACGACGACAUCCCUACGUUUUCAGUUCUGAUUGGAGGUUCGUAGGCCGCCGUUCGUUAUACGCGGCGUCUCAGCUCUGUUGCAAAUUCUUAUUUUGCAUUUUGUUUUGUUUUCAUUCUUAAUUUCAAUGAACGUUUCCCGCUCUUGUGUGCAAUUCGUAUUUCAAUUUUAUUUGCAAUAACAACAAAAUCAAAAAACACAAAUAAACUUAAAAAAAAAACAACGAUAAACCAAAAAUGUACUAAAAACAACCCCCUAAAGCCAAAAUCAAAAGUGAUCAAGUGUUUAUUAUUGGUGUUGUAAACUUUGCCACAAACUAAAACAUAUACUCAAAUUCCAUGCGGAUUAUGCAGCUUCUAAGAAUCGCAAUCCCUGAUUCCUGAAUUGAAUUGUCUGCCUGUUGAUCACAUUUCCUAAGUUUCGAACACUGAAGGACGCCAAGGAUAUACACUUGAUACAUAUAUUAUUUUGAAAGAGCACUCAUCCAACGCUAUAUAGACACAUUAUUAUUAUUCACUGAUACUGUUGCGAUAAGACAACGCACAGAGAGACUCACCCCUGGCAAGCGCUCAAAAGACCUAAAACGGCUUCCAAAUGAAGAUGGCAUCUCAACGGUUUUGUUUGCGAUGGAACAACCAUCAAAGUAAUUUACUGUCCGUCUUCGAUCAGCUGCUGCAUGCAGAAACCUUCACAGAUGUGACGCUGGCCGUCGAAGGUCAAUAUUUAAAAGCACACAAGAUGGUGCUCUCAGCCUGCAGUCCAUACUUUAAUGCGCUAUUCGUGAAUCAUCCGGAAAAGCACCCUAUUGUCAUCCUGAAGGAUGUACCCUACUCAGAUAUGAAGUCCCUUUUGGAUUUUAUGUACCGCGGAGAGGUGUCCGUUGAUCAGGAACGUCUGACUGCAUUCCUACGCGUAGCCGAGAGCCUCCGGAUCAAGGGCCUGACAGAAGUGAAUGACGACAAACCUUCAGCCGCAGAAAACACACCGGCUCCACCGCAGCUACAGCGCAUCCAACCGUACCUGGUGCCUCAGCGCAAUCGAUCACAGGCCAAUCUGCUGGCCAAUGCCGCCAGCAAUGUGGCUAACCAAGCACAGACCUCGUUGCUCAGCUCAGUGCUGAUGCCCAAACGCAAGCGGGGACGCCCGCGCAAAUUAUCAGGCAGCUCAAACGGCACAGGCAAUGACAACGAUGAAUUCGACCGCGAAGGCAUGUUAAAUGACUCUGAAAUAGGCAAUGGCAAGCUGGGAAACGACUCCUUUUCUGGCAAUGACGAUGGUUCCGAUGACAAUCAGCUGGAGUUUGGCAACAAUGAUGAUAUGAAUACAAGUCGCGAUUCGCUUCAUGCAAAGAGGUCCAAGACCUCUAAGGAGCAACGCGUUACACAACAAGAUGACAACAGCACUUCCGGUAAGUCCAGUUUCAUUACAACGGCUCUGAGCGCGCCGGAACUAUCCCAGAGAUUAUUUGGAUGCUCCAUGACUGUAUCUGCAGCGAUGACAGGGGCAUCGGCGAAGCCCGAUAGCGAGCCACGCCCACAAAGCGAGAGCAGCGCAACCUCCUCGCUGCACUUGCCAACCAUCUUGGGACUGAAAAUCCGAGCCAUAAAUCCGCCCUCACAGGCCCAGCCAACAACGCAACAGAGCAGCAGCUGCGGCGACAGCAUCAAGAACAGCAGCAGCCUCGGCAGUGGCAGCAACUCGCUGCUGAAGCAGCAACUGCGCGGAGGCGCCAAGGAUCCCGAGGCAGGCAGCCUCAGCCAUAGUCAGAGUAGUGUGGCAGCUGCAAACCCCAGCGCUGCCAACGUUGACGAUGCCAUAAACGAGCCCAGAGCCGAGGGUCAGCAGCAGAGCGAUGCGCCCAACUGCGAUGCGUUGCAAUCGCUGGCUAAUGCUGCCGAGCGACAGGGACUUCAGGCGCCCAACAGCAGCACUCCAGGCGACCUGCGUCACAAGCUGCUCCUGCACAUAGCCCGGAAUCCGUUGCUCAAGCACGGCAGCGACUACUUUCAGGCACAACAGCAGCAGCAGCAGCGACCGCCAUCGCGGGGCUCUCCAACGGGUGCCGGUCAGUAUAUGGAUGAUGAUAUGGAUUUGCUCUUUAAAGGCGGCGAUCACCAGGACAAAUCCGAGCCCGACCACGAGCUGCUGACACUCGCCGACGAGAAUGCAGGGCUGCCGGGCUACCAGGCACCGAUGCAUUGCGGCGGUGACAGUUUUGGCGACGUGGCUGCCACAGCGGCGGGAGAUUCCUCCCCAGCAGCCGGCAGCAAUGCUGCCACCCGGCCCGUGCAGCGGAGACGGGUGCGUCGGAAGGCGCAGUCCACCAUCGACGAUCAAGCCGAGCAUCUGACCGAAAUGUCCGUGCGGGGCCUGGACUUGUUCCGCUAUGCGAGCGUCUCUGAGGGCGUCUAUCAGUGCACCGAAUGCGCCAAAGAGAACAUGCAGAAGACGUUCAAGAACAAGUACAGCUUCCAGCGACACGCGUUUCUCUAUCACGAGGGCAAGCACCGCAAAGUGUUCCCCUGUCCUGUCUGCUCCAAGGAGUUCUCACGCCCAGACAAGAUGAAGAACCACUUGAAAAUGACGCACGAGAACUUUACGCCGCCCAAGGAUAUGGUUUCGUUCAGUCCGCUCAAGUACUUAAUAACGGCGACGGCUGCCGGUGAUAUGCACACAAAGCUCUUCCAGCAGCAGCAACAACAACAGCAGCAGCAGGAGCAGUUCCAACGACAACUGGACCUGGAGCAGCAGCCCCCACCUACGUUUGAGAAUCAAGACAACACCUUGCUGCUGCCGGAUGUCAAGCAGGAACAUCAUCCCGACAUUAGCGACUUCGGAAUACCAGCCAUGUCGUCGUCCCCGCCUGCUGCAGCUGCCGAGGCCAUGUUGACCCUGCAGGACGAUGUCAUCAUCAAAAACGAAAUACAAAUCUCGCCAUCCCCGUCGCCACCAGCGACUUGUGCCCCCGUGGAGGGCAACACCCGGCCGCUGGCUACCACAGCACAAACAGCAACAUAAAGACUUGACCUAGACACGACCACUGAUUGGGAGCGAAUCCUUGUUCACACACCAGACACCAGAAAGAUAGCCAGUUUGGACUUAUUUUUGAUACAGCAGGCAGAACUGUGCCUAAUCAGGUGAUUCUGAAUAGGGCUCUUUUAUUUGUAAGCAAACUAAAGUUGGACCUCUCCUGGUUCUUUACAUCCAACAGCAAUCAUUGAAAACAGUUCUGUAAGAGCACACGGAAUCAGUCCAUAUAGCGAUGUCGGCUAUGUCUGUCUGUCUGAAACCGAAACAUUGCAACACGACUUCAGAAACCUCUUAAGACUGAGCAGAUCAGAUCGCUGUAGUUUAUAGCUAAUCCACAAACAGUAUUUGUUAUAUGGAUCCCACGGUGUGAAUGUUGCUGUUUCCCUUUAGGAACGAUCUCAUUCGAGUGUCAUUCGUUUUUAAUGACGUAAGUAAAAAAUUCCAACCUUUUUUUUAUCGUUUUCUGAUAAUGUUCAUCACUAAGAACGGGUGGACCCCGGCUUUUAGAAAAAACGUUCUUGUUUAUGAAAAGAUUGGAUCAGUUGCAGGAAGUUGUGGAUUUGAGAUUUUUUUUUUUCAUUUUCGAACAUGAGAUCUUUGGGUUUAGGCUGAUUAUUUGACUAUUAAGAAUAGUCAUGAAACCAACUGGGUCUAAACAUUACAUGAUUUUGAUUUCUUGUCGACAUCUGCUUUUAUUUGCACCCUAAACUGAAUAUAAUGAUCAAAACUAAUGCUGUUCGAGUAUCUGCUGAUCUGUUUACUGAAUAAUAUAAAGCUGCAUAAACUUAAGCUGCCCAAUCAGUGGCUGAAAAGAUAACGUACUGUGAAAUACCUGAAGGUAUGAGAGAAUUAGAAAUCGACGACGACUCAACACUUUUAGAAAAUGUAGACUAGUAGGGCGUUUAUACUAUAUUUAGUUAAUUGUGUCUCUAAGCAAUUACUAAGCAAGUUACUAAUUAAGCAAGAAUAUUCACAAAAAUGUUCCGUCCAUAAAGCCUUAUAUACAUAUAGU